CGUAUCUUAAGGCCAUGUUUAACGCGCAUGCGCGAGAAAGCGUCCCCGAGAACAACACUGGGUGUAUGGGCGACUAAAUGCCCAACCAGCCAUAGAAAAAGAAGAAGAAGAAGGCACUAGUGAAUUUUGGAACGGCCACUAUUGGGACGAAUUUUAGCAAAAUAUUCUAAAACCUGAAAAAUGCAUAUUAUUUUACAACAGAGCAAAUGAUGAAUAUGGAUGCUAUCUUCGAAUAAGAAUCAUGUUUUAUAUAAUCGGAUUAGGGCUCGGCGAUGCGAAAGAUGUCACUGUUAAAGGGUUCGAAAUUAUUAAUAAAUGUGACCGUGUAUACUUGGAGUCUUAUACCUCUAUUUUGACAGUACAGCGAGAAGCUUUGGAAGAGUUCUAUGGAUGUUCCCUGAUCACAGCUGAUCGUGAAUUAGUGGAGAGUGGUGCAGACAAGAUAUUGCCAAGGAGCGAAGAUGAAGAUGUUGCGUUUCUAGUUGUAGGAGAUCCUUUUGGUGCUACUACACAUACAGAUUUAAUUUUGCGUGCAAAAGAGAAAAAUAUAAAGGUAAAAGUCAUACACAAUUCAUCAAUUUUGACUGCAGUUGGUUGUUGUGGUUUGCAACUGUAUUCAUAUGGAGAAACAAUUUCAAUUCCAUAUUGGACUGAUACUUGGCAGCCGGACAGCUUUUAUGAGAAAAUAGCUUCUAACAGACAAAGAGGACUGCAUACAUUGUGUCUCUUAGACAUUAAAGUCAAAGAACCUACUCUGGAGAGUAUCUUGAAAAAGAAAAGAGAAUAUAUGCCUCCAAGAUUCAUGAGCGUUAAUGAAGCAGCUAAUCAGUUAAUAGCGAUACUUGACAAUAAGAUUCAAGAUGGUCAGAAAGAUUUAGCGUUUACACAUCAGAGCUUAGCAGUGGGUCUAGCACGAAUAGGCUGCGAGGAUCAGCACAUUAUUGCUUGUUCCCUGCAAGAUAUGACCCGUGUAGAUCUGGGACCGCCGUUGCACUGCCUCGUCAUACCGGCCGAGAAACUGCAUCCUCUAGAGAUCGAAUUUCUAACACAGUACAUUCUUGAUAAGAGCCAAUUUAAAGAAAUAAUACAAUAAAUGUUACUUUUUUUAUCGAAUGUAAAGAAUAGAAUAAACCAUUUUUUACUUCAGAG